AUGAGGACAUUCCUCUUUCUCUUUGCUGUUCUCUUCCUUCUGGCCCCAGCCAGGAACGCGUUUUUUGACGAGAAAUGCUCCAAGCUUCAAGGGAGGUGCGUGAAUUCUUGUCAGAAAAAUGAAGAACUUGUUGCUCUCUGCCAGAAGUCUCUGAAAUGCUGCCUGACCCUCCAGCCAUGUUGGAAGAACACAAAUGAUUAA